AUGAAGAAUUUGAUGUCACAACUGGUGGCGCUUAGUAGCUACAUCGGCCUCACUGUCGGAGAGCUGUAUAAGCCCAAAAACUCCAUUCUCUGCUCCACAAAUAAGCCUUGCCCCCCUGAAUGGCCAUGCUGUUCGCCGUAUAAUGAAUGUGGGGCUGGUCCAAUAUGUGUUGGUGGCUGCAAUGUGAGAUCUUCCUUCGAUGAAGAAAGCUGUGCACCUCUACCUGCUUUAGUGGCCAACUUAAAACUUGAAUUUUCUAGCACACCAAAGGCUCCCAAAUUUGUUGCAAACUAUCAACCCAGGCCACCAAUCAAAGAGGAAAAUGGGCCAAAUAAGGCAAAUACCAAGGUGGGUGUGGUGGAAGGGGAGCUGAAUUCCAAGAGGAUCAUACAUUACGCAAAGUUCUUGGUCACUACGGAUAAUAACGAAGCAGAGAAAAUGCUGGAAGAUUUUGAUUUCACACAUAGCGGCUAUACAUCGAUUGAAGCAAGUAGCGGAAAUAUUGUCUUGGCCAUGCCAAAAAAAACUACCGGAAGUUUGAUUUCAUCGACUAGGUCGUUCCUAUACGGUAAAGCAAGCGUGCGAAUGAAAACAGCAAGGUCUAGGGGUGUAGUGACUGCGUUUGACUUGAUAUCCGCAAUUGGGGAUGAAAUAGACUUUGAAUGGCUGGGUAGUGACCUGAUGAUGACUCAGUUGAAUUACUAUUCUCAAGGGCAUUUAGAUUAUACAAGAAUGCAAAAAUAUCCCGUAGGUGCUGAUACUUGGGCAACUUACCACACUUAUGAGAUUGAUUGGGAUCCGGAUAGAAUAAAAUGGUAUGUUGACGGUAAAAUAGCACGCACUGUUCUAAAGAAGGAUACGUGGGACCCCAUUAAUAAAGAAUAUAGGUACCCACAAACACCAAUGAGGCUAGAAGUCGCCGUUUGGCCAGGCGGUUCGGAAGCUAACGGACCUGGAACGAUAAACUGGGCCGGUGGCCUCAUAGACUGGGAAAAUUCGCCUGAUAUCAUCAAAAAGGGCGAAUUUACGGCCUACGUUGAACAAAUCACUGUAACGCCGUACCAGAAUAGAUUCACCGAACAAGUACAGUUGUGUCUAAAGGGAAAGAAAAAGGCACCAACUAUUUCCCAAAAGGAUUUAUCAAAAGUAGUUGUUUCAUACAAAAGGCAAGACAGAAAAAUUCAUUAUGACGAGGAGUCUCUUCAAUGGGAUUGUUUUGUCACCCCAAAGAUUAAUGAUUGGCUGAGUUCUGGGAAACAGUCAAAAGUGUUACAGCAAUAA